CCCCACUCUGCAGCCAUUCCGUCACUCCGUCGAAUGGGUCCUCUGUGACUCAUCCCUCUCCAGCUUUGCUCCCAAGUCCCAACCGUUGAGGCUGGCACUUCAACGCUAUUCCACCCCUUCUCGUGGUGGUCACGACACCGAAUAGCCAUAACCUUUUCGAAUCCCUAAUCAAUUGGUCAAUUCAUCCAGGUUGAGCCCUCGCUUUCUUCAAUUUUUUAUCUGGUGUCACCAUCUGGGCAUUUCUGGGUUUCUGAAUUUCGCCUUUUAGCUUUUGGGUUGAUCGGUAGAUUCCAAAGCAAAUCUUGUCAAAAUUUGAGCGAGGAAAUUGUGCCCUGUUGUACGGAGAAGAAUGAGAGCAGGGAAAGGGAAUCAGGAGGAAGAUGAGUACGAGGAGGAAGAGUUCGGUUCUAGAAAGGAAGGUCCUUCGUCCGCGCCCAAUAGCACUAACAACAACAAAGAUACAAAAGCUAUUGAUAAGGCUAGUGCUACAAGAUCAAAACAUUCAGUUACUGAGCAGCGAAGGCGGAGCAAGAUAAAUGAGAGAUUCCAGAUAUUAAGAGAUCUCAUACCUCAUAGUGAUCAAAAGAGGGAUACUGCGUCAUUCCUAUUAGAGGUGAUUGAGUAUGUCCAAUACUUACAGGAGAAGGUACAAAAGUAUGAAGGCUCAUAUCAGGGUUGGGGUCAAGAGCCCACAAAGUUGAUGCCUUGGAGAAACAGUCACUGGCGUGUUCAAAGCUUUGGCCAACCUCAAGCUGUAAAAAAUGGUUCUGGUCCUGUAUCACCUUUUCCUGGAAAGUUUGAUGAAAGCAACAUUAGUGUCUCUCCAACUGUGCUUAGUGGCUCUCAAAAUAUGAUAGAUCCUGAACAGGGCAGAGAUAUUGUCAGUAAAACAGCGGAGAGGCAAGCUGAGUUAGAAUGCAAGGGGAUACCUCUGCCAAUGCCUAUGCAUGCAAACAUGUCUGUUCCUGUCAGAAGUGAUGGUGCGCUUGCCCAUCCUCUUCAUGGGUCUGUUUCUGAGGGGCAAUCAACUGAAUGUCCUGCCAACAGUGAACCUCAGAAUCCACAGGAAGAGCUGACAAUUGAAGGAGGAACAAUUAACAUCUCAAGUGCAUACUCUCAAGGGCUGUUACACAAUCUGACUCAAGCACUACAGAGUGCUGGUUUAGAUCUCUCACAGGCUAGCAUUUCUGUUCAAAUCAAUCUUGGAAAGCGGGCAAACAAAGGACUGGGCUGUGGGACAUCUGCUUCUAUGCAUCAUGAUAAUAUCCCAUCUAGCAAUCAAGCAAUACCACAUUUUAGAGAUGCUGGAAACGGGGACGAUACAGAUCAAGCUCAGAAGAGGCUAAAAACGUAGAGAAUCUGGAUUCUGAGCCUCCAUCAUCAUCUAGAGUCUCUACCUCCGCUUCUUCCCUCUGAAAUGGGACAUUUAUCGAGGUCACUGUACAUCCUUUCCUUUGGGCUUCUAGAUUUUCACCCAUUCAUGUCAUUUUAGAACUAUACGUUUUAGGACUCAUUGUUAUUUGUGGAGAUAUUGAGGUUUUCUAAUGUUGUAGGCAUGUCAUAUAUUUCAGAUUGAUUGGUACAUAUUAUUUAUUCAACACUGUUAUUGAGCUUUUGGGGGUGGCAGUUUUAUCCAAUCUAUUAGGAUGAUGCUACUUGUGAAGAAGGGAGACUCCUUGUAAUGCAGUAGCAGAGGAAGUGAAUUUAAUUGCAGAGAAUGUCAAUUUGGUAA